CAAGAACUUGACGUUGGAAAGAGGGUGAUCUCAGGCUUGUUGGAGAGCAACUGACCAUAAGAAAAGAAGGUCGUAUCUUGGAGAAGGGUGCAUUUUUGCAUUCUGUUCCUGUGCCCUUUUUCCUCUGCAGUGUGCUUGCAUUGUUUGGCAACCCUUCUCACACUUUCACUCACACACACAUAGACACACACAUAUACACGCAUACUGCUGUAGUCAGAGGGCAGAAGAACCUUUUCAUGCAUGGCUCACUGUGCUUAUGUAAGAGCGCUACUUAAACCUGGUUACAUGAUGUAACAGGCAGCACUGUGUCAGUGGGUCACUGUGCCACACAGCCACUUGACUCUGCACCCUCUCCAAGUUGUGGCCUUUUGCUGGGCAUGUGAAUGGAGCGUUGUUGUGGGCUUUUUGCCUGGUCAUACAUGUCAGAGUUUUCUUGCAUGAGUGAAAUGUUUUAGGUAUUAAAACAUCCUCGGAAAUUUGAUUCAAGCUUUGCUGGACCUACAACGUGCCAGUAGUGGGGGUCUCUCUCUGUUUCCAAGUUGUGUGUUGCCUUCUCACUGGGCCAAUCUCAGACUCUUCAUUCUUUCCUCCACAUCUGCUUCCCCAGCCGGACAGUCAGUGCAUGUCUUUCUCAGCCUCCUUUGAGAGCAAACGCACUCACACAAACUUGAAGGAGGGCAGGACCGACCACUCCCACCCUCCUAUAGUUCCGUGAUGAACACAGAGGGAGAGAGAGAAAGACACAACGGGGAGAGGAAGAGAGGGAUAGAGGGAGGAGCGUAGCUGCGCCGAAGCCUAGCCCCUCUAUGCCUCCGCACGCAGAGCGGAGCAGACGCCAGCAGCCACACAAACACGUUCCCCUCUCAGUUACAUGCACAGUCACACACAUACCACACCGCCGCCGCCGCUGCUUCCACCACCACCACUACUCACACACACACAGUCACAGACACAGUGACGGCUGCCAGGCUCAGUGGGAAGCAAACCGUCAGGGAAAGAGCCUGAGAAGAAAGAGAGGGAUCGCCGAGGGGAAGAGAAGAAGAGAGAAAAGAGUUGAAGGGGCACCUUGUGGAUGAGGAGGGAUUUUCCGUUUUUUUCUUUUUUUGUGAGAGAGUACGUCUGGAUAAGGCUAUCUGCCUUUUACCGAGGCUUUUUCCUCUUUGCUCAUCCUCCGUGCAAGACUCCAGCGAUAUCUACCUAUCUAUCCCUGGAGCUUAACAAAAGAGGGAGGGAGUGAGGGGGGAAAAAAAACAGUCACAGCUUCAGCUCCAGACCACCCUCUCUCCACCUCUACUCCUCUUCCUCCUCCUUCUGUUCUCUCUCCGGUUCCACAUCCAUGUGUGAGUUCAUCGCUGAUUCCAGUGUCUUUUGAGGAUAGAGCAAGAAGGACGCCGUGUGUUCUUCAGGAUACAGCUGGGCUCCCCUUGGGAUCAGGCUCUUCAUCAGAUUUAAGAGGGGGAAAGAAACAGGGGAGACUGGAUAAAAACGGAUAAAAGAGACAAAAAAGAGAGAGAGAGAGACAUUGGAAGACAAAUUGAGGGGCAUGUUCAGGGCACCAGAGAAGAGGAGUGAGUCUAAUUUCUAGUCCACAUAGUGUCAAGAACCGGGACGCAGAACGCAACCAUUCAUUCCACAUCCUUCUCUUCCCUCUCCUCUUACUCCCUUUUAGUCCUGCGCUUCAGUUUUUCUUUAUUGUUCCCUCUUUUGCUACUGUCUUUCUGAAUUUUUGCUCUCCUUACCCCACACAUCUGUCUCCUCAACCUCUCUCUUCUGCUACCCUGGCUCCACGCUUUCCAAACCCUCAAAACGACAGCUCCUUGCAAGCUCCAAUCAGGCUGAGAUCCCAUGCACAGUGCGUUCUCCUGCCCACCUUGUUUGCCGUGCAUCUAACACCUUACUAGCAAGAGAAGAGCGCUCUCUCCUUGCAUCCACUCUUGGAAACAGCCCUCCUGAAGGAUCCAGGCCAGUGGUUGGAAGUGAUUGUACCCCAACCUGUGAGCUUCUAUCUCCAGCCUCCAGGACCUUCGGUUGGAUUCUAGCUACAUGGGAAAACGUUUGGAGCAGCAGCCAAUGUACCCCCACUACACCUACUACUACCCCCACUAUCUCCAGACGAAGUCCUAUGCUCCUCCUCCUCAGCCCAUGGCUCCACCAAGUCCAGGCACAACAGGAGGAGGGGGUGGAGGUCAUGGAGGUGGGCUGGUGGAGCAACUUAGUAAGACCAACUUGUACAUCAGGGGGCUGCCACCUGCCACCACAGACCAGGACCUCAUCAAACUCUGUCAGCCAUAUGGGAAGAUUGUGUCAACAAAGGCCAUCUUGGACAAAAACACUAAUCAGUGCAAAGGCUAUGGCUUUGUGGAUUUUGACAGCCCUGCGGCAGCCCAGAAGGCUGUGGCCUCGCUCAAAGCCAGUGGAGUCCAGGCACAGAUGGCGAAGGUAAGGUUCAUCUCACCCGCUCCCUCUGGUCUGAUGAACUUCUGGGUUUGUGUUCAUGGAUGUAGAAGACUACCUAAAAUACACAAUAGAGGAUAAACAUUUCUACAGUGA